AUGAACUCAGGCGAUAGAAGCUCGUAUGCCGGCCUGUGGGUGGAGUGUAGCAUCAACAACAUAUUCACGACUGAUGAGGACUGGACGUGUCUGGCCUUGUCAACUGGGCAUCACUCGGACAAGUUGAAACCAUUUCUGAGAGCGACACAAGGACUGGCCGUGCUGGGUCUCAUGGUCCAACUACUCACCCUAGGGGCACUCUCUGUGUACAAUCUAUUUAUAGCAGUCAGGAGGCGGCGGACCACGCCUUACAUUGUGUUGUUGCUGGCUGUUUUAACUGGAUCUUUGAUCAUUAGCGCUGGAAUAGUUUUUGCAGUCCAUUACCCCACACCACAAGGCAUACUCGACCAGCAGAAAUGGACAUUUGGAUACGCUUUUGCACUGGAGAUAGUUUCAGCACUCAUGUCCUAUGGUGUGGCAGCUAUGGUGUUUAUAGACAUGAGAUUAGCCCAGAUGGAGUCCUCGUUUCGUUUUCUGUAACUAUUGCCCUUAUGGACAUUUUAAUUAUUUUGUUAAAAAAAACGCUUCUAAUUCAUGAUUUUAUGUUGUUCAUACCUUCCUAUACCAAACGAGUAAUAAAAAACCAGUAAAUUUUUAAACAAUAAAAUGAACUUCAAGAAGUUGCAACUGUAAAGUUUAGAUCAAAACUUACGUAAUAAAAAAUAAUAUUUGAAAUGGACAAAGUAUUUAUAUUUCCAGUUCAAAUAUAUUAAGGCGACCUUGGUUAAACAAUUUAUUUUAAUAAUUUGAUAAUGCCCUUAAGAAACU